CGUUCAGCAACGUAACAUUUGCACUCUAUUUAUACACUUUCCACAAGCACUCCACAAACUGAAUAUCCAUCGUAUUUGUCCACUUAACCUGCCCUUUCAAUUUCACUCAUCAGCUAAUUUGGAUCCUCCACCGUCCAUGGCGGCCGGAAUUUCAGCCUCCGCUGGUUCCCGAACUAUUUGCCUCCGUCACAACCCGUUUCGCGGUCCAAAAUCCGCCUCAACCGCCCCGCCAGUUCUGUUCUUCUCUCCGUUAACUCGCAAUUUUGGCGCAAUUUUGCUGUCUCGAAGAAAGCCGAGGUUGGCGGUUUGCUUUGUGCUGAAGAAUGAGAAAUUGAAUAGUACUAUCCAAAGUGAGAGUGAAGUAAUACAGGAUCAGAUACAAGUAGAGAUUAAUGAGGAGAAGAGUUUAGCUGCCUGUUGGCUGGCGGAAAAAUUGGCGAGGAAGAAAUCGGAGAGGUUUACUUAUCUUGUGGCGGCUGUCAUGUCUAGUUUAGGGAUUACUUCUAUGGCGAUUUUGUCAGUUUAUUACAGAUUUUCAUGGCAAAUGGAGGGUGGAGAAGUGCCUUUUUCUGAAAUGUUAGCUACAUUCACUCUCUCGUUUGGCGCUGCCGUAGGAAUGGAGUACUGGGCGAGAUGGGCUCAUAGAGCACUAUGGCAUGCUUCUUUAUGGCACAUGCACGAGUCACACCAUAGACCAAGAGAAGGACCUUUUGAGAUGAACGACGUUUUCGCCAUAACGAAUGCUGUUCCAGCUAUAGCUCUUCUUUCAUACGGUUUCUUCCAUAAAGGCCUCGUCCCUGGCCUCUGUUUUGGCGCUGGAUUGGGGAUCACAGUAUUUGGUAUGGCUUACAUGUUCGUUCACGAUGGACUGGUUCAUAAGAGAUUCCCCGUAGGGCCUAUUGCCAACGUGCCUUACUUUCGGAGGGUAGCUGCUGCACAUCAGCUUCAUCACUCGGACAAAUUUGAUGGUGUACCAUAUGGCUUGUUCCUAGGACCUAAGGAAUUGGAAGAAGUAGGAGGGCUUGAAGAGUUGGAAAAGGAAGUCAACCGAAGAAUUAAAAUUUCUAAGGAAUUAUUAUGAUCAAAAGAUACUUCUAAUAAUAAAAUGCACUUGUAUUUAGGCUCUAGAUCAUUAAUGGGAAAAAGAUAGAAAUAUAUAUACAUAUAUGAAAAUAAUAUAAUGAAACAAGCUUUCUAUGGAAAUUGGAAAGUUCCUAGUCUUCUUUU